AUGUUCAAGUCAAUCGUUAAUACAUCCUCAUUAUUCAGUCUCAAAUCUUUAGCUGGUGUCAGUGUGAGACCUUUGUCAUCAACAUCCAUCUUGUAUAAACCAAAAGCUAAAAAAGGUGGUAAAGCUGAUAAAGGUGGAAAGGGUAAAAAUGCUAAAUCUGAAGAAGAAGAAGAAGUUGUUGAAGAAGCUGAUCCAACUAUCGUCUUGGGUAAAUUAGAAGCUAAAUUUAAAGAAUCAUUAGAACAUCAUAAGAAAAGAAUCGCUGAAACUAAAUUAGGUGCAGCAAAUCCAAAAAUCUUCGACAAUAUUCAAGUUGAAAUUAAUAAAAAACCACACAUUUUCACAUCAUUAGCUCAAACUGCCCUAAAGGGUAGAAAUUUAAUCAUUACUGUGUUUGAUCCUAAUCAUUCCAAGAAUAUUGUCUCUUCAGUUUUAGGUUCAGGUUUAAAUAUGAAUCCAGAAACUGUUCCAAAUUUCCCACAACAAUUGAAAGUUCCAUUACCACCACCAACUGUGGAAACAAGACAUGAAAUUGCAAAACAAUUAAAGAAAGAUUUCGAUAAUUUUAAAAAUUCAAAUGAUAAAUUUGCACUUUCAACUGCAAGAGCUGCAGCAUUAAAAGAAUUGAAAACUUUUAAAAAAAGUGAUGCUAUUAAAAAAGUUUCAAAUGAUGUGGAGAAAUUAUUCAAGAAAUAUUCUGAUGAAUUACAAAAUAAUUUUAAAGCUGCUGAAAAAUCAGUUUUGAAAUGA